AUGAGUGACACGUACAACGCUACUGCCAACAACACCAACCUCACUGCCCCAACGGGAGCCGGUGCUCCACGCGAAAAGGACUUCGAGAACGGAUACCACCUCGACAAAGAUAUGGAUCCAGAUACCGCGUUGAGGAAGAUCCAGACCUCUGGCAGCAUUUCCAUCUCGCCAGAGCUCUUCGAGAAGAUCUACCUUUCGCCACAAAACAAGGUCGCAGGUGAUCUCCGAAAGACCUUCGGUAACCCAACACCUUUGGCUCUCGUCGGUUUCUUGCUCUCUCUCACACCUUUGUCUUGCGACUUGAUGGGAUGGAGAGGAGCUGGUGGCAAUGGUGCAGCAUCCACUGGUGUCUACUUCUUCUUUGGUGGUCUCUUGAUGAUUCUCGGCGGUCUUGGUGAAUUCAUCUUGGGCAACACCUUCCCAUUCGUCGUCUUCAGCUCCUUUGGUGCUUUCUGGCUCCAAUACGGUGCGACCCUUCAGCCUUUCUACAAUGCCUGGGGCGCAUACGCGACACCUGGCGAGGAGGUGACAACUGGUCUGACAUCAGUGGGCUUUAACGCAUCUUACGCCUUCUUCCUCGUCUUCAUGGGUGUCCUGUGCUUCUUGUACAUGAUCCUCUCCCUCCGAACCAACUUGGUCUUCUUCCUCAUCUUCUUGUUCCUCGUUCCAUCCUUCGGUCUCCUCGCCGCUGCCUUCUGGCACUUGGCUCAGGAAGCAGAGGCAACGGCAGCAGGAAACAUGGCCGCGGCUGCCUCUCUCGCGAGCAAGGCUUCCACCGAGGUCAUCGCGGCAGGUGCCACCACAUUCGUCGUCGAUAUGCUCGGCUGGUACAUCUUCUUCGCCAUCAUGUUGGCCGCGCUCGACUUCCCAUUCCAGCUUCCCGUCGUCGAUCUGUCGCGCUUCAUCAAGGGUGCUUCGGAGAAGGCCAAGUCGAAGGGCGAGUACGAGGCUUAG